AUGGCUCUGGUAUCGAGGAUGCAGAGUGCACGCCCUCAGGCACUUUUUCUCGCCUCCUUGAUUGCACUGGCAUACUGUGCAGUCCCUUCCAAAAUAGGGGUGCUUGCAGCAUCCACGAAAACUGAUUGUGUGCCCGGCGAGAAGGACACCACGUGUACGUGCGAUAGCACUGCCACUGGCGAAGAACGGCUCUCAGCUACGCUGUCCCAAGAGAAAAAUGUUAUGAAGAUCGUCUGCGAACCUCAGAUGACGUGCGCUCCAGAGGAUCUGCUUGACAAGGUUUGCCCGGCAGAGCAGGUCGAACUGAAGGGAUGCCAGCUCAAACUGAGCGACCUCCUUGCCGAAGACGCGACAAGCGUAGCGUGGGAGGCCGAGAAAGUGAAGGCGAAGGAGAACGGCGAGACAAAGAGCCUAACUAUUCCGACCCAGAAUUUUCCUUACUCCGAUCAACGAUUUGCUGUGGGUUGCACAGGAGAGAACAAGAAGUGCAAAGUUGUCGUCACUGUGGAGGCCAGGCCGACGGUGACAGACGGACAGACUGUCACGUGCGCGUACGGUGCCAGCAGCAAUACUUCUCACCAAGCUGUGACGCUGAGUCCAUCGAACAACAGCUUCACUCUGGUGUGCGGAGAGAAAGGAGACGUGUUGCCAGCGACUUACGAAACAACUUACUGCGUCUCAGGGUCGACUGACGCGGCAGAGACCUGCGAUGAGAAGUGGACGUCAGUUUUCGCUGAUUACGAUAGCAAGUGGUGGAAGAAUCCCGAAGGCACCAAUUCGUUUACACUUUCAAUUCCUACGGACAAGUUUCCGUCCGAGCAGAAGAAGGUUAUGGUCGGGUGCCAGCAGAAGAAAGAGACAAAUGAUGAGCAAAGGAAGGCAGGGGCGCCAGCAGGUCCCACUGUCUGCAGCGUGGAUGUGACAAUCGAGGCUACUUCCUCUGCUUCUUUCACCGCAGCGACAGGUGUUGUCUCGUUCUUGGCGGUGAUUGGCGGUUUGAUCUCUGCGCUCGGUCAUCCCGCGUGA